AUUCCAACAAUACAAAUGACUGAAAACCGGCCGGCAACGAGCCCCCACGGCUGAAAAACGACUUUGGAGCCAUUGGAGCUUGGGCUUGUGAAAGAGUAAAUUUUCCACUCAGUGUCGAUGUAGAACUCCCCAAAGCAGUGCCGCAACCAACAACAGCAGCCCCACAAUGGCAACAAUUGUUCGUAAACUUAUCAGCACAGCCAAUGCUCCCAGACCUGUUGCGCCAUACAACCAAGCGGUGGUGGCGGACCGAACAGUCUAUGUAUCAGGAUGUUUGGGAAUGGAUAAAAACACCAACAAACUCGUGGCUGGAGGCAUCGUGGAGCAGACAACUCAGGCCCUUGAGAACUUGAAACAAGUAUUGGAAGCUGCAAAUUCAGGAAUUGAUAAAGUCGUGAAGACAACAAUCUUCAUGAAGGAUCUGGAAGAUUUCGGGACGAUGAAUGAGGUCUAUAAGAAAGUUUUCACACGUGAUUAUCCACCACGCUCAUGCUUCCAAGUAGGGCGUCUACCAUUGGAUGCAUUAGUUGAGGUUGAAUGUAUUGCAUUGACGGGAAAGGUCAAAACUGAAACCGCAUAAAUCAUUUUCAUGAAUUUUGUAUGAACGCUUGGUUCAAAUAGAUUUAUUGGUGCAAAUAAAAUAAAUAUGUUUAUUGUUGUUA